AUGGUGACGUCAAAGUCUGAUGAGCCGGUCGGUCCCGCGGUAAUCUUAGGACUCAGCCGGAUAUUCCGAAAAGAUUUCGACCCCGUUCAAUCCUCGGAUUCUUCAGUCCGGCCGUCCGGCCGUGUAGUUGACCCUGAAGUGACGAUGCAGAAUAUGCUCAUGAUAUAUUACUGGGCUGUCACUGUCGGUUCAGUCAUGCCCAUUGCUACGACUAACAUAGAAAAACGCUCUGGUUUCUGGCUAGCCUUCCUCGUACCCGGAAUACUGUACUUCAUCCUGCCAGGAGUACUCGCAGCCACGUACUAUUUCAAACUGAUCAAGAUGCCUCCCAUGCAACGUUCUGUGGUCGCAGACGCCUGGCGCGCUCUCCAGAUCGCAUGCAAAGCAGCCGGAGUGAGAACUCUACUCACGGAGGGACCCGCUUGGAAUGCAGCGAGACCGUCGUCUACUCAAACAUUUGCUUGGGACAGCACGUUCGUUGACGAGCUUCGGCGAACUCGCGCGGCGUUCAAGUUCUUCUGCUUCCUCCCGGUCUACAUCAUUGUCGAUACCGGCCUCACUACUCUCUUCGUCAACAUGGCUGCCGGGAUGACGACCGACGGUGUACCCAAUGAUCUCUUGACCGGGUUCAACGCUCUCGUUCAAGUCAUCACUAUCCCGAUCCUGAACUUCUUCGUCUACCCCUUAUUCAGAAGAUGGGGCAUCAACUUCUCUCCUCUGCGCCGCAUCAUGUUCGGCUUCGCUCUCACCUCUGUCUCCAUGAUCGUCGGCGCUGUACUGCAAUGGCGCGUCUAUGAGACAUCUCCGUGCGGGUAUUCAGCAUCGAAGUGUGCGAUCGGUACGGGGGUCUCCCCGCUCAGCCUAUGGUCGCAGCUGCCGCUGUACGGCCUUCCUGGUAUCGCCGGUGUCUUCAUCAACGUCACGGGUUACGAGCUCUCCAUCAACCUUGCACCGCAGAGAAUGAAGGCCGUCAUCUUCGCCGCCCAGUUGUUCUUUGUCGCGCUCGCUUCGGCAGCGGCAGCCGCUGCCUCACCUAGCUUCCACGAUCCACAUCUCAUAUGGCCAUUUGUCGGUCUUGCCGUCGCUAAUGCGCUGGCCAUUCCCGUUGCUUACUUCGUACUACACGACAUCGACAAGGAGCAGAAAGCAGUGUUCGAGCUUCCUAUUCUCGUCCCAGCAACUUCAUCUGAUCCCAAUGCCGAUGAGGAAAAGCGCUAG